ACACAGGUUAGUAGUGGAUCCCCCAGUUGUCACAGUCGGGCCUCGUGUUCAACAUAGCCCAGUAUUUGAGUGUGUUUCCCACGCACGUAAGUAGCUUUCAUUUCUUCUUCCUCCAUAGUUCCCUAGAACGAACGCCCUCCCCUUUGCAGCAGAGGCCAGGCAAAAGCGCGCGCUUUCUGUGCCACUGGCUUCAAUCAGGUCCACCAAACGCAGAUAAUAAGAGCACCAAGCACAGAAAAUUACGUCAUUAAUUCACUUGAACUCAGCUAGCGAACACACGAUGUCUGGAAGAGGUAAAGGCGGCAAGGGACUCGGAAAAGGAGGCGCCAAGCGUCACCGUAAGGUUCUCCGCGAUAACAUCCAGGGAAUCACCAAGCCCGCCAUUCGCCGUCUGGCUCGCCGUGGCGGCGUGAAGCGUAUCUCCGGCCUGAUCUACGAGGAGACCCGCGGUGUCCUGAAGGUGUUCCUCGAGAACGUGAUCCGUGACGCCGUCACCUACACCGAGCACGCCAAGAGAAAGACCGUUACGGCCAUGGACGUGGUCUACGCUCUGAAACGCCAGGGACGCACCCUGUACGGUUUCGGCGGUUAAACGCACCCUUCUCGGAACGUCAACAUCCCGACUUGAACCCAAAGGCUCUUUUAAGAGCCACCCACAUCCGCUUCAAAAGGGCCAAAUCCAUUGUCGUAGGGAAC